AACAAAAAUGCAUGGAGGCCGUGUGAUUUGAUCAAAUUGUGCGUGUAGAGGAGGAAAAAAGGUUACCUUGCAAUUUUCUCGUGCAGAGCGAAGAAAUGGUUUUUGAAUCGCACUCACUCUGGCUCAGGGAGGCAUUGCUCUAAAAGCUGGAAAUUUGUUGCGUGCUCAACCGGUCACUCUGAAAUGAUCAAGCCCGUCGCCGCAGGAAUCGCCCUUGGUGCUUCCAUUGUAGGCGCUGGUGCCCUUGCACUUUAUUUUUUGCUCAAAGAUCAGGAAACAAGACACCCAAUUGAAUACAUUCAAAGGUCGACAGGGCUGAGAAGCAAAAACACUGUCACCUCUGAUGUCUUCAUUCCUGAAGAAAAAGUUGCGGUUUUCAUUGGACGAGCGGGAUCUAAUAUCAAGGAAAUUGAAACUAGGACCAAUACUAAAAUAACCCACAAAACUGAAAGCAAAGAUGGUAGAUUUGUGAUUUAUUCUGUGCAAGGCAGCGCAGAAAAUGUUCAAGAAGCAGAGACUGUAAUUAGCGAAUUCCUGGCUACCCAGCCAGACUUGAAAAAUAUUGAAAUAAAUGUUCCAAAGAUGGCUCUUGGUAGAAUUUAUGGCAGAGAAAAGGCCAACCUAUUGAAAAUGCAGCAAAUAUCUGGAGCGAAAAUAAGUAUUUACAGCGAGCAUGAGUCCAAAGGCGAGGAAGUGCGAGUUUCAUUUCACGGCACUCCCAGACAAAUAGCACUUGCCAAAUCCCUAGUUGAGGAAAAGGUGGAGGAAGACAGGGAACUGCGAGAGGGAAUCCUGCAGAGGGUCCGGUCCCCUCGCUCUCCUGCCAGACAGUUUUGCAUCACAAACAGUCCCUACAAGGAGGCAUCAGCUCCUGGGAGCAAAAGACUUGUCGAGAAAUUGAAUGCAACCAUGCAGAAUGGUUUUCUGGAAGUGUACGUCUCGGCCAUGAAAAAUCCAAGCCGAUUUUGGAUCCAGAAAGUUGGGCCAACUAGCGUUGAACUUGAUAAACUGGUGGACAAGAUGACUGAAUUUUACAGUCAAGAAGAAAACCUGGAAGUUUGCAAGCCAAGAGAGGCAAUGGAAGUUGGAUCGAUGGCGGCAGCUCAGUUUUCAGUGGACGGCAAGUGGUACCGUGCUCAUGUGAAGGACGUGGUCGUGGAUGACUACGAUCCUCUAAUGAGCAAAGUGGAGGUGUUCUUCGUCGACUACGGAGACGAGGAAGUGAAAAGCCAAAGCGAGGUGUAUAAUCUCAACAGUCAAUUCCUUAGGCUUAGACAUCAGGCAAUUGAAUGCUCGCUCGCUGGGGUCAAUCCAGUAGGUGGCGAGUGGUCUGAAGACGCCUCCGACCUGUUUGCCGAAUUGACCUAUGCCUCGCGGUGGAAGGUGAUGAUGGCCAAAAUGCAGGGAUUCAAAGAGAACCCCAUCGACAGGGCCUCCAGCCCGAUCCCUCAAGUAGAUUUAGUGGACACAAGCAGACCGGAAGAUAUUGUGGUUGCUGACGAGCUUGUGAAACAUAACUUUGCAACGAGACCAUCGCCAAAGAAGACUGCUCCAGUGAUGAUUCCUGCCGGAGAAGAAGACAUUGCCGAAGAUGGUUUUUUCGAGUAAUUAGUACGUAGAUUCGAGGUGUCAAGAGUAGCUAUUGUAUUAGAAUCACUUUGACCGCCCUGGAUCACACCUUUGCUGCUAGGAAAGUUAUUUUUUGCCCCCACUGGUGGAUUUGCCAACCUAAUUGGACGGUGAUGUGUUGUGUGCCAUCGAUUUUUAUUAAUUUAUUGCUGCAAUUUGGACUUUAAGUUUGCAGCCCGCGCUAAGAUAGGAAGGUAAUAAAAAAUGUGUAGUUCAUGCCGCCAAGAGAAUUGGACUCCUCCCACGCUAUUUGUGGCUUUCCAGAAGAAACCCACAUUUCUUAAUAGGAAACUCUUAAGGACUCUUCUUUUGUUUGCGAAACAUGUAAAAUUCAUACACCAAUGAAACCACCAGACGAUUACUAUUUAUUUGAUGGAGAUUGCAGGUUAUUGAGCUUCAAUAGUAAAAAAUCCUGUAUGGCAUUGCAAUUGAGUUGUAAAGCCAGUUUUCAUUCAUUUGUGGUGGUAUAUUUCAUAGGUAAACUCUGCUUCAUAAGACAAACCGAACAAUGAUACUUUCCGGAAAAUUAUCUAGCUGGGUAUAAGUGGCUACUUGGUCAUUCACGUUUUGAGAUAAUGUCUGUUGAAAAUUUCUGAGCUGACUGCCACUACUGCCAGGCCAUGUAACUAUAUUUUUUCUUUAUUUUAGUUGAUAAAAUGUUGAAGUAAAGAAUCAUGCAAGAAGAUUCUUGUCAGUUUGUAAAGGCAGGAAAGGCUAAAAAAUGACUGGUUCAGCCUCAAAUUAAUAUAUAUAUAUAUAUAUAU